AUGUCUUCCAAUGUCGGACUCAGUACGCCGCGAGGCUCAGGCACCUCCGGCUACGUCCAGCGCAACUCGGCCAACCUCAAACCACGAGACAACCAUCAACCAUACCCAACGGACAUCGACUCGAUAAGGCACCGCCAGAGACAACCCGACAAGGAAAUUUUGGAACAUGAUCGGAAGCGCGAGAUCGAAGUCAAGGUCUUCGAAUUGCGCGACAAGCUGGAAGACGAAGGGUAGGCGAACAUCACCUGUCGCUGCAUUCCAUUGCACGUGCUGACCCCUGCUCUCUUAGAGUUGACGAAGACGAAAUCGAUGACCAAUGCGACGCACUUCGGAAGAAACUGGAAAGCGAGCAAGCCCGAUCAGGCGGCGGGUCAAGCGCAAAGGGAUUGAAGUCACAUCAGGUACACGAGAUCGCCAAGGCGAAGAUUGAGGAGAGCGAGAAGCUGCGGAGGGCUCUUGGGAUCAGCAAGGACUACGAGGAGGGAAGCCAUUGGCGGAAGCAAGAAGAGAGGAAACUGGAGCUCGAAAGAGAGCGAGGCAAGGGCGAGAUUGGACGAGAUCGGGACUGA